AUGAAAAUUACGCAAUGUUAUUGCACUGGCUUUGUCAGUGACAAAUGCAUUCCAAUUGAUAAGUCUGGAAUUGACGAAACAACGGUUUCGGGUGGCUCAGGUGUAGAAAUUGGCAAAUUUGCUUGCAUUAACUUACAUAAUGAGAAAUCCAUAUUACAUCCACUCGAUCCUCUUUCCUCUAAUGAGAUCAAAAAUAGCAAAAGGAUCAUCUUAGAAUCAGAAAAGGGUCUCCAAGGUGGUCUAAUAUUCAACACGAUUACUUUAAUCGAACCGCCAAAGGGGGAUAUUAUCAAGUACUUUUUAAGCGAUACUACACCUCCAAGAAAUUCAUUUGUUCGGAAGUCCCUCUCCAUCUUAUGGCACGCCAAAACGGGAGACGUUUAUGAAGCGAGGGUUAACUUGGAUAAGGACAUUCUCGAGAGUUUGGUGCGCAUGCCAGAAAAGUUUCAAAUCCCACUAAUAUCACCGGAUGAUGACGACCUCGUGCACAAUGCAUUAAUCAAAGAUCGAACUGUUCAGGAGAGAUGUAAAGACUUAGGAAUACUUGAUAUGAGUCUUAUUCGCACGGCGACUUGGCCAAUCGGAUAUAUUGAGGACAGACCAGAAUAUAAAAAACUGAAACGGCCGUAUCACGUGUUUAUGUACGUGCAAAAUUUUAACGGUGACAACGCACAUGAAUCUAAAUAUGCCUUAACCUUAGCCCAUCCUCUCCCGUUCAUCGUCAUUGUUGACAUAGUUGGUCCUAAGAUUAUUGCCAUCGAAAAUGUUCCAAUCCAUGACGAAGACUACAAAAUGGGAGAAAAUCAAGGAGGGAACUCAGUGCCAAAAAUGCCAUCCAACUUCGACUCGAGCCUGAGGGCUCCAAAUUUUCUGCGACGUACGGACAAGCCAAUCCUUACUUAUAUGCCGGACGGACCGAGCUACACACUCAGAAGAAAUUUGGUGGAAUGGCAAAAUUUCAAAAUUCGUAUUGGAUUCACAGCUCGAGAAGGUGUGGUCUUGCAUAAUGUCAUGUACAACAAACGUCCCCUACUCUACCGGGCAUCUGUUUCGGAAAUGGGCGUUAUCUAUGGUGACCCGCGUCCCCCAUACCAUCGAAAAUAUGGGCUUGACGUGGGCGACGCUGGGAUCGGAUGGAGGGCCAAUGAAUUAAAGAAUCCGGACGAUUGCCUUGGUGAAACUAAAUUUAUUAACGUCACAGUGAACAACAACGCUGGUGAUCCGGUCGAGAUAAAAAACGCGAUUUGUGUCACAGAAGAGGAUGCAGGUAUUCUAUGGAAGCAUGUUGAUUCUUGGACAGGCAAAACCGCUUCUGUGCGAUCACACCGGCUCGUAAUUGCGUUUACCGCCACGACAGGAAAUUACGACCUGACAUAUAGUUGGAUGUUCUACCAAGAUGCAAGUAUUCAGUUCAAUGUAAAAUUGAUGGGCAUCGUUAGCACUAAUAUGAUGGCUGUAAAUGGGUAA